AGUACACAGCAGAGGGCGGAUUACAACAGAACACAGAUUAUAACAAAACACAGAUUAUAACACAGAUUAUAACACAGAUUAUAACACAGAUUACAACACAGAUUAUAACACAGAUUAUAACACAGAUUAUAACAGAACACAGAUUAUAACACAGAUUAUAACAGAACACAGAUUAUAACACAGAUUAUAACAGAACACAGAUUAUAACACAGAUUAUAACACAGAUUAUAACAGAACACAGAUUAUAACACAGAUUAUAACAGAACACUGAUUAUAACACAGAUUAUAACACAGAUUAUAACAGAACACAGAUUAUAACACAGAUUAUAACAGAACACAGAUUAUAACACAGAUUAUAACACAGAUUAUAACAGAACACAGAUUAUAACACAGAUUAUAACACAGAUUAUAACAGAACACAGAUUAUAACACAGAUUAUAACAGAACACAGAUUAUAACACAGAUUAUAACAGAACACAGAUUAUAACACAGAUUGUAACAGAACACAGAUUAUAACACAGAUUAUAACACAGAUUAUAACAGAACACAGAUUAUAACACAGAUUAUAACAGAACACAGAUUAUAACACAGAUUAUAACAGAACACAGAUUAUAACACAGAUUAUAACAGAACACUGAUUAUAACACAGAUUAUAACACAGAUUAUAACAGAACACAGAUUAUAACACAGAUUAUAACAGAACACAGAUUAUAACACAGAUUAUAACACAGAUUAUAACAGAACACAGAUUAUAACACAGAUUAUAACAGAACACAGAUUAUAACACAGAUUAUAACAGAACACAGAUUAUAACACAGAUUAUAACAGAACACAGAUUAUAACACAGAUUAUAACACAGAUUGUAACAGAACACAGAUUAUAACACAGAUUAUAACACAGAUUAUAACAGAACACAGAUUAUAACACAGAUUAUAACAGAACACAGAUUAUAACACAGAUUAUAACACAGAUUGUAACAGAACACAGAUUAUAACACAGAUUAUAACACAGAUUAUAACAGAACACAGAUUAUAACACAGAUUAUAACAGAACACAGAUUAUAACACAGAUUAUAACACAGAUUGUAACAGAACACAGAUUAUAACACAGAUUAUAACACAGAUUAUAACACAGAUUUUUACACAUGAUCAUUUUUUUAAACUUCUUUUUAAUUAUUUAUUUUGAGACAGUGAAAACAGAGCAGACAACCUCACACACAAAACUAAAUACACACUUUAAUAAUAAUUAUAAUAAUAAAAAAAUCAAUCAAUCAAUAAAAAGGGGGGGGGGGGGCGAUCUGCUUAGACCAAUACUUAUGAUGAGUCCUGUCCACUCAGAACCAAAGAACCUGCUGAGGGAGGAACUCGUUAACAAACACAAGAGACGAACGUUCGUGAGAAAACUGAUCAAAGUUUAUCAACGAGAUGAUGAUGAUGUGGGGGAUUGAUAUCAUAUACCUGUCUGUCUGUCUGUCUGUCUGUCUGUCCACCUGUCUGUCUGUCCUCCUGUCUGUCUGUCCUCUUGUCUGUCCUCCUGUCUGUCUGUCCUCCUCUCUGUCUGUCUCCAGGAGGACCAGCUCGGUCUCUGUCGGCUCGUCCGUCAGUUCCACUACACUGUCUGGCCGGAUCACGGGGUCCCAGAAACCACCCAGUCCCUGAUCCAGUUUGUCCGGACUGUGAGGGACUACAUCAACAGGAGUCCUGGAUCUGGACCCACCGUGGUCCACUGCAGGUAACCACACACACACACACACACACACACACACACACACCAUGAGUCACUCUCUGUAUCGGGUUAGCUGUAAAUAAGAGUCUGACCGCUGUGUGUGUGUGUGUGUGUGUGAUCUGUGUGUGUGUGUGUGUGUGUGUGUGUGUGUGUGUGUGUGUGUCACAGUGCUGGUGUGGGCCGUACGGGGACCUUCAUAGUCCUGGAUCGGGUCCUGCAGCAGCUGGACCUGAAGGACUCGGUGGAUAUCUACAGUUCAGUCUUUGACCUGAGACUCCAUCGCUCUCACAUGGUGCAGACAGAGGUAGGGCUGCAGGGCAUCAUGGGAAAUGUAGUGUGAAUUUAAGUAGAACAUUUUUCAUUGAGUCUGAUUCUCUGGGAUGAAGACGAGUUCAUGUGAAAUCCACCUGAACAACGAGGUCAGGUGACCGAGUGGAAGCUCCGCCUACAGGAACAGACCGCACUCUUCUUCAGGGUCAGUCUGACGUAGCUCCUCCUCUUCUUCAGGGUCAGUCUGACGUAGCUCCUCCUCUUCUUCAGGGUCAGUCUGACGUAGCUCCUCCUCCUCUUCAGGGUCAGUCUGACAUAGCUCCUCCUCCUCUCCAGGGUCAGUCUGAUGUAGCUCCUCCUCUUCUUCAGGGUCAGUCUGAUGUAGCUCCUCCUCCUCUUCUUCAGGGUCAGUCUGACGUAGCUCCUCCUCUUCUUCAGGGUCAGUCUGACGUAGCUCCUCCUCUUCUUCAGGGUCAGUCUGAUGUAGCUCCUCCUCUUCUCUCCAGGGUCAGUCUGAUGUAGCUCCUCCUCUUCUUCAGGGUCAGUCUGACGUAGCUCCUCCUCUUCUUCAGAGUCAGUCUGACGUAGCUCCUCCUCUUCUUCAGGGUCAGUCUGACAUAGCUCCUCCUCUUCCUCAGGGUCAGUCUGACGUAGCUCCUCCUCUUCUUCAGGGUCAGUCUGACGUAGCUCCUCCUCUUCUUCAGAGUCAGUCUGACGUAGCUCCUCCUCUUCUUCAGGGUCAGUCUGAUGUAGCUCCUCCUCUUCCUCAGGGUCAGUCUGAUGUAGCUCCUCCUCUUCUUCAGGGUCAGUCUGACGUAGCUCCUCCUCUUCUCUCCAGGGUCAGUCUGAUGUAGCUCCUCCUCUUCUUCAGAGUCAGUCUGACGUAGCUCCUCCUCUUCCUCAGAGUCAGUCUGACGUAGCUCCUCCUCUUCUUCAGAGUCAGUCUGACAUAGCUCCUCCUCUUCUUCAGGGUCAGUCUGACGUACCUCCUCCUAUUCUUCAGGGUCAGUCUGACGUAGCUCCUCCUCUUCUUCAGGGUCAGUCUGAUGUAGCUCCUCCUCCUCCUCUUCUUCAGAGUCAGUCUGACGUAGCUCCUCCUCUUCUUCAGAGUCAGUCUGACAUAGCUCCUCCUCCUCUUCAGGGUCAGUCUGACAUAGCUCCUCCUUCUCUUCAGGGUCAGUCUGACGUAGCUCCUCCUCUUCUUCAGGGUCAGUCUGAUGUAGCUCCUCCUCUUCUCUCCAGGGUCAGUCUGUUGUAGCUCCUCCUCUUCUUCAGGGUCAGUCUGACGUAGCUCCUCCUCCUCUUCUCUCCAGGGUCAGUCUGACGUAGCUCCUCCUCUUCUUCAGAGUCAGUCUGACGUAGCUCCUCCUCUUCUUCAGAGUCAGUCUGACGUAGCUCCUCCUCUUCUUCAGGGUCAGUCUGACGUAGCUCCUCCUCUUCCUCAGGGUCAGUCUGAUGUAGCUCCUCCUCUUCUUCAGAGUCAGUCUGACAUAGCUCCUCCUCCUCUUCAGGGUCAGUCUGAUGUAGCUCCUCCUCUUCUUCAGGGUCAGUCUGACGUAGCUCCUCCUCUUCCUCAGGGUCAGUCUGACGUAGCUCCUCCUCCUCUUCAGGGUCAGUCUGACGUAGCUCCUCCUCUUCUUCAGGGUCAGUCUGACUUGGCUCCUCCUCUUCUUCAGGGUCAGUCUGACGUAGCUCCUCCUCUUCUUCAGGGUCAGUCUGACGUAGCUCCUCCUCUUCUUCAGGGUCAGUCUGACGUAGCUCCUCCUCCUCUUCUUCAGGGUCAGUCUGACGUAGCUCCUCCUCUUCUUCAGGGUCAGUCUGACGUAGCUCCUCCUCUUCUCUCCAGGGUCAGUCUGACGUAGCUCCUCCUCCUCUUCUUCAGGGUCAGUCUGACGUAGCUCCUCCUCUUCUUCAGGGUCAGUCUGACGUAGCUCCUCCUCUUCUUCAGGGUCAGUCUGACGUAGCUCCUCCUCUUCUUCAGGGUCAGUCUGACGUAGCUCCUCCUCUUCUUCAGGGUCAGUCUGACGUUGCUCCUCCUCCUCUUCUCUCCAGGGUCAGUCUGACGUAGCUCCUCCUCUUCUUCAGGGUCAGUCUGACGUAGCUCCUCCUCCUCUUCUUCAGGGUCAGUCUGAUGUAGCUCCUCCUCUUCUCUUCAGGGUCAGUCUGACGUAGCUCCUCCUCCUCUUCUCUCCAGGGUCAGUCUGACGUAGCUCCUCCUCCUCUUCUUCAGGGUCAGUCUGACGUAGCUCCUCCUCUUCUUCAGGGUCAGUCUGACGUAGCUCCUCCUCUUCUUCAGGGUCAGUCUGACGUAGCUCCUCCUCCUCUUCUUCAGGGUCAGUCUGAUGUAGCUCCUCCUCCUCUUCCUCAGGGUCAGUCUGAUGUAGCUCCUCCUCUUCUCUUCAGGGUCAGUCUGACGUAGCUCCUCCUCUUCCUCAGGGUCAGUCUGACGUUGCUCCUCCUCCUCUUCUUCAGGGUCAGUCUGACGUAGCUCCUCCUCUUCCUCAGGGUCAGUCUGACGUAGCUCCUCCUCUUCUUCAGGGUCAGUCUGAUGUAGCUCCUCCUCUUCCUCAGGGUCAGUCUGACGUAGCUCCUCCUCUUCUUCAGGGUCAGUCUGACGUAGCUCCUCCUCUUCUUCAGGGUCAGUCUGAUGUAGCUCCUCCUCUUCCUCAGGGUCAGUCUGACGUAGCUCCUCCUCUUCUUCAGGGUCAGUCUGAUGUAGCUCCUCCUCUUCCUCAGGGUCAGUCUGACGUAGCUCCUCCUCUUCUUCAGGGUCAGUCUGAUGUAGCUCCUCCUCUUCCUCAGGGUCAGUCUGACGUAGCUCCUCCUCCUCUUCUUCAGGGUCAGUCUGACGUUGCUCCUCCUCUUCUCUCCAGGGUCAGUCUGAUGUAGCUCCUCCUCCUCUUCUUCAGGGUCAGUCUGAUGUAGCUCCUCCUCUUCUUCAGGGUCAGUCUGAUGUAGCUCCUCCUCUUCCUCAGGGUCAGUCUGACGUAGCUCCUCCUCUUCUUUAGGGUCAGUCUGACGUAGCUCCUCCUCUUCUUCAGGGUCAGUCUGAUGUAGCUCCUCCUCUUCCUCAGGGUCAGUCUGACGUAGCUCCUCCUCUUCUUCAGGGUCAGUCUGACGUAGCUCCUCUUCUUCAGGGUCAGUCUGACGUAGCUCCUCCUCUUCUUCAGGGUCAGUCUGACGUAGCUCCUCCUCUUCUUCAGGGUCAGUCUGACGUAGCUCCUCCUCUUCCUCAGGGUCAGUCUGACGUAGCUCCUCCUCUUCUUCAGGGUCAGUCUGACGUAGCUCCUCCUCUUCUUCAGAGUCAGUCUGACGUAGCUCCUCCUCUUCUCCAGGGUCAGUCUGACGUAGCUCCUCCUCCUCUUCAGGGUCAGUCUGACGUAGCUCCUCCUCUUCUUCAGGGUCAGUCUGACGUAGCUCCUCCUCUUCUUCAGAGUCAGUCUGACGUUGCUCCUCCUCUUCUUCAGGGUCAGUCUGACGUAGCUCCUCCUCUUCUCUCCAGGGUCAGUCUGACGUUGCUCCUCCUCCUCCUCUUCUUCAGGGUCAGUCUGACGUAGCUCCUCCUCUUCUUCAGGGUCAGUGUGACGUAGCUCCUCCUCUUCUUCAGGGUCAGUCUGACGUAGCUCCUCCUCUUCUUCAGGGUCAGUCUGAUGUAGCUCCUCCUCCUCUUCCUCAGGGUCAGUCUGACGUAGCUCCUCCUCUUCUUCAGGGUCAGUCUGACGUAGCUCCUCCUCCUCUUCUCUCCAGGGUCAGUAUGCGUACCUCCAUCAGUGCGUUCGUGACGUCCUCAGAGCGAGGAAGCUUCGCAGUGAGCAGGAGCUCCUCCAGUGUCCCGUCUAUGAGAACGUGAACUUCAGCUGUCAGAGAGGUGAGUGAUGGUCCUUCAGCUGCAGCUCGGUGUGAUUGAUCGGGACUGUUUGAUAAUCAGAUUUAAUAUCUUUGUUUACAGACGUGCUGAGCAGCAGACGGUAA